GAACGGCAGACCUACCAUCCAUUUUUAUUACAAAGGGCUACAGGUCCCUUCCCAGGCACAACUUGUUACCAUGUGCAGGAAUAAUCACGACUCACGAGCAUGGCCGCUUGAAAAUUCUAGCAAGCUCCGCCCAGAAAACGCCGAAAACCGGGCUACGAAUAUACCAAACUGGGAUAGGGGAAUCUGUACAGUCAAGUUGCGGCCAUGUUUCUAUAUCUCUGCUCUUUGAACGAACACCGUCGAAAAAGCCGGCAGCUUGCUUUGCCAGUAGCAAUUUGGCAUCCCUGCCCAAUCAUGGCUCAUGGCGUCUUAUUUCUUUUCGGAAUUAAAAAAAAAUGUUUUUAUUUCUUCUGAAAGUUCCAACUGUGUAUUAGACUUGUGAAAUCAAAUGAAAUAACGUUGACAUUUGGUGAUUGUGUCUGCAUUUGAAGUACUGACAAUUUUCUCGAGUAACUUGGUCAGCUGCAUAUAGCUGAUUAAAGCUACUAAAAAUAUGGACAAAAUAAAGACCAGAAUGAAAUCAUCCUUUCAAACCCCAGAUGAAUCUUCAGGAAUCUCAAAUUUGUUUUCCUGUUUGGCAGCAUUCAUAGUCAUUGCAGGGAUUGUUUGUUGUGCAGAGUGUUUAAGUGUGGAGAAUCUGAAAUUCUCCAAAGAAUGUCCAUCAACUGUGACAUGUGAAGCAAAAUUUGCACAACACCAUGAAACAAGUGGUAUCAGAGCAACUUGGUUACUCAAUGGCAAGGAAGUGAAUGAAGAAAGAUGGAAAUCCACUGAAGACUUCAAUGGAUCUGCCAUAUACUACCUGAUGCUUCCCUGCAACAUUUCCAACAUUGGAAAUGUAACAUGCAGAGUGUCAAUUGAAAGAGACCAGAAUGGUGUAUUAGAAGCUGAAAAAACUGUGCAAAUACUUUUUCCAGUUACUCCAACCAUCAGUAUGAUAAAAGGCGCUAAAGUAAACACAAGCUCGUAUGCUUCGUUACAAUGCUCGGCCAACGGAUACCCAGCGCCCAACAUAACCUGGACUUUGAACGGGGUAGAAAUCAAAUCGGAAUCCCAUAGACUUAACGUAACUCGUUCUGAAGAAAUGACGACAGCACUAUCUAAGAUAGAGUUUAAAAGUACUGUCCGCUCUGAUAAUGGCACUUAUACGUGCCAAGCAUCUAACAAAGCCGGAUUGGAAAGCAAACCCGUGACGCUUUUUAUCCAAACCAAACCUGAAGUGGCAAUUGAUUUUGCCUUGGGAGUUGGCAAUGGUAGCAUUUACCUUAAUUGGACUCUGAAUAACGGAAAUCUCCCUAUUCAAAGUUAUCAAAUCAAGUACUUGAAAGAUGGUGAACAAAGCUGGCAGUAUAGUCGCAUUGCUCCAAACGUAUCUGCAACAAGCUUAGUGAUAAACGACUUGGAACCUGAUGUAGCAUAUCAUAUCCAAAUUGAAGCGGAAAAUGUGAUGGGUAGAAGCCACCCUAAUAAAUAUAAAGAAGCUGUUAAGACUCUAUCAGCGGAAGCCGAGUAUAUUCCUGUGGUCGACAUUAAAGGUUCUACAUCAAAUUCUUUCACACUCGGAUGGACAGCUCCACCAGAAGAAAUCCGUCACCUGAUUGGUCAUUAUAUAUCAGCCUACAAGGACACCGAAGGAGGGCAAGAAACAACCAUCAGAGUUGCAGCCGUGGACGGUUCGCCAGUUCAUCUUUUUACCAAUCUAAAGCCGGCUACCAUGUACUUAUUCAAGGUCAGGGCAUGCCAUAGGUACACUGGCCACUGCGGAAAUUUCUCCGAUCCCGUUAAGGACAAAACAAUCGACGGAAAGCCUACACCACCUCGUAACGUAAAAAUGCUCUGUGAACGAAAUGGAAAUAAGUACUUUGUUACUGUCACUUGGGAGGCUCCAGUUCAUCCCAAUGGACAACUCAUCCAUUUCUCGGUAAGUUUGAGCGGAGUGGCAUUUUAUUUGAACGAGCAGAAAAUUCAACAACGAGAUGAUUUUGGACCCAUGACUCAGAACGUAGAUGGGUCGAAAUUUACAGCCUUAUUCGACGAUAUUCCUGCAAAUACCAACUACAGUGUCCACGUAAAAGCUGAAACUAGGGUACAGCACAGCCAGGCAUCGCAAGCAACAUGUCAAAUGCCAGCUUCCAUACCAGACAAGGAGAACCUGAGUGGUCCCUCAUUGAUGCGAUAUCAAAGGGCAGACAGGUGGGGCCUGCGAGCUAGUCUUCCCAAAGUGUCUCAGCGCAAAGGCCCAAUUUGUUGUUAUUCCGUUGUGUUAGUCAAAAUGUUAGAAGGCGAGCCGCUUACGUCAUUACCAGAACCUCAUCGUUUGCCAUUGUUAACAUACGAAGAAGUUCAUAGACAAGGAGCUGGAGCAUACAUCGCAGAAUUAUUCGAUUUCGAUCGUAUUCCUUCUGAUGUUGUUUCUUUGGGUGACGGUAACCGCAUUGACAAACGAAAUCCACCAUGCAAAUCAUGCUCGGUUAUCCACGGGCCAAGACUAACCGAAGUGGAAGUGGAAUUGGAGGACCUUGAGGAUUUAGAAAUUGCAGAUCGAAUUGAAAGAAGUUCCUCUAGAGAUUCACCGACAAACAUGAUUGACAUUGAAGUACUGUCCGACGAUGGAGCACUGGUUCCGGAGAGCAACUACACCUUGUUCGUUCGGUUGUUCUCUCCGAAUACGCGAGGGCAGGUUGAGAGCGUUUUCAGCCCGUAUGCAACUCCGAUGACUCCAAAACCCAUCCCAUCACCAUAUCAAUCUGCUGAUCGGUCUGUGGUACUUAUGGUUGCCCUGGGAGUCUUGUGCGGAUUGGCAUUUGUCCUGCUGUUAAUUGUUAGCAGUCUGUUUUUCCUGCGCCGCUACUCCAAACACGUUGCACAAAGUGAAGGAGUAGAAAUGUCAUUAAGUAGCUCGUGCCGUCAUCUAUGGAGUCGAUUUCGUGAUGGUCGACACCUACUCGUGUCACCUCCAAGCACGUCUGCUGCUCCAAUAGCUAAACUGGACAUUCUUCAAGCAUUUAUGGAACGUCACCAAAAUGCCGAUUACGGUUUUCAACACGAAUACGAGCUCUUGCCCGAGCGUUUUGCUGAUCGAACUACUCGAGCUUCUGAUACAAGAGAGAAUAUGCCAAAGAAUCGGUACCCAGAUAUAAAAGCCUAUGACCAGACCCGAGUGAAGCUUAACACGAUCAAUGGAGAUGCUCAUUCCGAAUACAUCAACGCUAACAUUGUCAUGGGAUACAAAGAGCGAAAAAAAUUUGUUUGCGCACAAGGUCCAAUGGAGGGUACCGUGUACGACUUUUGGCGCAUGGCUUGGGAACAACGAGUCGAAAUUAUCGUCAUGCUGACCAACGUAGAAGAGUAUAAUAAGACCAAAUGCUUUCAGUAUUGGCCUGAUCCUGAUCCGUCGAGAAAUGCGUCUACUCCUGAACCGCUAUAUGUUGACCCAGUGGCUGAAACGCAAUCCAAUGGUGGAACCACUCAUUCGCCUUCUAACGGCAGUACAGUAGACAUUCAACAGCCGACAGUGCUAGGUACCAUUAAAGCUCCUCAAGGCGACAAGACUUUCGGCGACAUCCGUGUGAUUCAUGUAAAAGAGAAACGCUAUUCGGAGUAUGUUGUCAGAGAAUUACAGGUUUCACGACCUAAAGUCGGUACUCCUACUGAUCCUGAAUUGGGCAUAAUGGAAAGGGAAGUUCGUCCAGUUUUUCAGUACCACUACCUAGUCUGGAAAGACUUCCAGGCCCCAGAACAUGCCACGGGAAUUCUUCGCUUUCUCCGUCGCUUGAAUGAAGAUUACAGCACCGAUCGAGGACCCAUUUUAAUCCAUUGCAGCGCAGGUGUAGGACGAACGGGAACUCUGGUGGCCAUUGAUCAUUUAAUUCAACAAGUUGAAGAGGAAGGCUCCGUCUCCGUAUUAAAUACAGUCUGCGAUCUCCGUCAUCAACGUAAUUUCUUGGUCCAGUCGCUUAGACAGUAUAUUUUUGUGUAUCGUACGCUCAUGGAAUGGGUGCAGUUUGGUAACACAGAGAUUGCUAUUUCAAAUUUCCAGAAUGCAUUGACUAACUUGCGAAUGAAAACGGAAGGUCGGGUUAAGUCUCCACUCGAAGAAGAGUUCGAUCGAUUGGACCAACCAUUUGAUGACCGCAAACCGAUGAGUGUAGCGUCAUCGGAUGAGAAUCGUGCAAAGAACCGCUAUGAAACUGCCAUCCCCUUUGAUCGGAAUCGCGUUAUCCUGACCCCAGUGGCUGGUCGAGACUAUUCAACAUACAUAAACGCUUCGUUCAUCGAAGGCUACGACAACUCCGAGUCCUUCAUCCUGACUCAAGAUCCCAUGGAAUCCACUCAACGCGAUUUCUGGCGGAUGGUGCUAGAGCAUAAUAUUGUAGUCAUAGUCAUGUUGUCAGAAAUGGGUGAUGCAUCGGAUACCUCUUGCUGCCCACAGUAUUGGCCUGAUGAUGAUCAAGAAGCCACCCAUGAUCAUAUCGUUGUGAAACACGUUUCCACGGUAACUCUCCCGGGAUACAUCCAGCGUGACUUUAUCGUCCGCAGUACCAAAACUCGUGAAGAAAUUCGGACAACGCAGAUUCAGUACCUCGGUUGGGGGUAUUGCACCAACGGUCUUCAAGAUGAUUCUGUUCCACCACCUCAACAAAUCAGCCAUUUUGUAACAGUGGCCAUGGAAACUAUUGCUGCUCGUGCUCGACAACUCCAACCAGGAUCGGCCUGCCUCCACUGUAGUACUGGCAACAUUCGUAGUUCAGUUAUGGCUGCUUUGUGCAUUCUGAUUGAGCAAGCUAGAACAGAAGAAUACGUUGAUGUUUUCACCACUGUCAGAAAGUUACGCUCGCAAAGGGCUCACAUGAUCGAGUUUCCAAUGCAGUAUGCCUUCUUAUAUGACGCUCUGGCUAAUUAUUUAUGAACACUCCACCUGACAUAUAUGUGUCUUCGACUCCACAAACUAUUGGAUUGGGCAGAAUCAUCUGUAAUCUCAAAAGUGAAAUUGAGGGGAACUGAAACAAAAUUGUCAUGAAUGGUGUGAAAAAUUAACACCUAAGGCACAUCGGGUUAGCCAAAACUACUAAAAAGUGCAUUAGUUUUUGAGAGUGUAGUCAUCUUAUUUCCAUGUAUUUCAUUAGCCACUGCCUCUCCAUUUAAAUGUGCCAGUGUACACACCCCUCACCAUGCCCACCCUUUGUAAAUUUGCCAACGUCGAAGGCAGCAGUCCUCUUCAGUCUCAUUUUUUCUAAAUUUAUUCUUCCUUGUGUCUUGUCAUUUCCAUUUUCUGUCAGCUGUCACUGGAUUUCUGACACUGGGCUAGCCUUUGUCAUGUGGUAAUCUCGUUGAUUUUGAGGAAAAGAAGGUUGAAUGCGAAAGCAAAUGAAACGAAUAUCAGAAUCGCUUUUGGUGCAAGUUGGACCGGAGUGUAACUCGACGCGGCACUAUUUCAACGUCAUAUUUUUUUUUCUUUUUAGUUUUUUUUUUUCGUAAUGGUAGUAUACAGUUUUAUUUGCAGUGCCAAUGAUUUAGAAGUGAUGACCAACGUUAAAAUUUGAUUCGAAACCUUCUAUUAUGUGUACGCGCUUGUCACAUUUAUCGUGUGUGUUGCUCAACAACAUCGUUGUAUGCUUUCGCCUCAGUGUUAUUAUCCUUACGACAUCUCUUCUCUAUCUCGUAAUCUGUUUACCCUAAUCUAUUAACACCGGUAAAUUGAUUUAUAGAAUAGCCUGUAACUUUCCGUGAUUUUUAAUUAUUAUUUUGAUGACAAUUGUUUCGUGCAGUACUCUCCCAGAAAGAAAAAAAAUAUUUCGCCAUCAUCUACUCCUUCACCUCCUACAGACGUCGUUAUUCUUAAAAGCUGUUGUAACACGAUGAUUUUGGCCUAUACCCAGUCACUUUAUUUCAGGAAGGGCCGGCAAAAGUCAAGAUGAGCUGGGUCGCGUUCCGUAAGGAACCGAUUGGAAUGAGUUCGUAAAAUAAACUGUCAUUUAACAAAUAAUACAUGGAAUGUAUUUCUUAACUACUAAUCUUUAGUAAACUACGCUGAAAAAUCGGGGUAUUUUGUAAACAAAGCCCGGACCUCGCUUUGGUAAUAAGUUUAGUCAAGUCUUCCUUGGAGCCUUGGGCUCUAUCUGCCCUUUUUAUUAAACCAACAAUUCAGUAAAUAUAACUCACGUAAAGUCCGUAAAGUGCCCGUGAAUGUUGAUAUCAUUUAUACAUUGAAAAAUAGCCUAAGAAAAAUGCGAAACAUUUCUAAUUGCAUGAAUUAUAAUUAAAACCAAAUAAAUAAUUUAUUUUCGUGACUGCUUUGGUGUAGUCGCUAUCUUUUGAACGAACAAAGAAUUGUUCUAUGCUCGAUUCCCGGAGUUGUUUACGUUUUUUGAUAAACAGGGACUCAAGAAAAGUUGAAAGCAUUGAUCGGUGAUAGGUCGCAGGUAAGGCAACACAUGCUACGGUAAUAUACGCUACAAUUUUGGUUGACGCGUACUUUUUGGAGUUUAGGAAAUAAGUAUUUUGUGGUGGACUCUUAUAUGCUUACAUGAGCUAAGUUUAGUGUUGCGUAGUUUGUGCUAGCUUCUAUAAACUGUUUUCUUUAAUUUCUUUCUAAUGGCUUCUUCCAGUGAAGAUGUUGAAUCGAUCGACCCUUCCUUUAUAAUAUUUGAUCAGUGCAUUGGUUGUAUAGAAGAAAUAAUAAUGAGUGAAGAAUUUCUCAAAACACAACACCAUUUCUUGACUAAGCACUGCACAGUAUUUGAUGACAUGGAAGAAAAUAAACUUAUUUAUAUGGAUAUUUUUCAAGAUUAUGUGGGCUCAGCUUGUUGAAACAUUUCUUGAACAAAAACUAAGGGAAAUAUUUCCUCUUUUUUCUAUGGAGGAAUUUGUCAAAGAGCUCAAGAGUCAACCUGUCCAACUUGAAGGAGAAAUUUUCGAUAUCUUGCGCGAGUUCACGGAUUUCCUUUCGUUUAAGGCCAUGAUGUUAGAUUACAAGACGGGGCAAAAUUCAGACGUACUUCUUUUAAGUGGUUUCAAGAUUUUAAAAUAACACGGUGGCUAUUAAAUAAAUUGUCAAGAUCUCAUCUCUAA